CUGUGGUGCUGAGCCCAGAACCAAUCUCCAGGUCCUUGGGGUCAGAAUGGAGUGUUUGCUGCAAUUAACCAGAGCCAGCCCUGCCCUCCAGGGAGCAGCAUCCCUUUACAGGGUGCCUCCAGGGGCAAAAGUCCUAGCAGCUAUCCAGGGAGAACUCUGUGGCCUUUGGAGGGCUAGAAACUACAUUACCCAGAAACACGCGCGCUGGGUUGAGCCAGUGGCAGAGUAGGGUAAAAGCAUUUCCUCCAGUUGGGGCGGGACUUCCGGCAUCGUCCUCCUCGCGGCCAUAUCGGCUGCUUGUCGGAGUCUGCCGCCUUGGAGUCGCCGGGAGGCAUUGGGAGGCAGGAGGCGACACGGAGUCCCGAUCCCCGCUGUCGCCACACGUGAGGGCGAGGCUCGGCGACCCCACGAGGGACCCGCCUCAGGGCGGGGCCGGGUUUCUCCUCGCCCUCCGCCCCGCCCGCAGGUCCGAUGGCGGCGGCUGCGCGGAGGCGCCCGGCUGAGGCCGCGGUGACCUUGGAGGACGUGGCCGUGCGUUUCUCGCGGGAAGAAUGGAGGCUGGUGGACGAGGCCCAGAGACGCCUGUACGUGCGUGUGAUGCUGGAGAACUUUGCCCUCGUGUCCUCUCUGGUGCUGAGCCCUUUGGGCAGGAUUCAAGGUCAGCCAGUCGCAUUGCAUCGAGCUUCACGGAUGCUCAGUGUCUGGGCUGAUGUGUCCGGACCCAUCCCCCUCCGUCUCCUGGUGUGGUCCCUUCCCGUCCCGGUCAGUCCUCCUGCCGCCUGUGCCGGGACUCGCAGGUGUGGUCUGGGUCGUGCUUAUCUGAAGCCGGGCUCCUCUUCAAGGCUCUCCUGCGCAGCGUGUCCUGUUUAGAUCUGUCUUCCUUUUCUGUUUCCCAGCCUGGUUGCAAUACAGACUUGUGUGUGUUAAAGUGUACAGUGGGCCGAAACCGGUUUGUCUCAGUGGAUAGAGCAUCGGCCUGCGGACUGAAGGGUCCCAGGUUCGAUUCCGGUCA